AAAGAACUUAUAUAUGGCGUCUUAAUUGUCAUUGUCGUUUGCCCUCGUCGUCCAUCUGCUAAUUUAUUUUGUGCAUAGUUGUUAUCGAUCGACGCAUUAAACUGUGUAAAUCUUAAUUGCAAUACUUUUACAAAAGUAAAUUCAAGGCGUUUUUUUUUAAAUAUUAUAUACAUGGUUGUCGUUAAUUUUGUGUGGUUAUAAUUCUUUUGUGAAGAACAGGGGCGACUGUAUCUAAAAAAUCUGUUUUUAUUUACAUAGUUAAAGAAGUUAUUCGAUUUUCUAUUUCUUUAUCGUAUAUUGAGCCACGUGUAGUGUGUCAGUGUUGAAUAAAUAUGCCUAAACGUGGAGGUGGUAGGUCUAGAAACUGGAAAGAUAGUGAACAUUUUGAACAUGAUGAUCGAGUGCCAACAACGAACACGCGGCGUGUUAGUUUCAAGCCAGGCGCUUUGAACAAACAAAGUGGGAAAAACAGAUUUCGCAAUUGGAACGAUGCAAAAUUGCAAUUAUUGGACGAUGAUAUUGAUAUGGGAGCGAAUGGAGGUCAGUCACAGAAAAGAAAAGGUCCUCAGUUUUUCAGAGGCCGUGGAGGGAGAUUAAACUCUCCAGGCCCUCGAAUGGAUAGACCGAAGAAAAAGUUUAUUGCUGGUCUAUUGCCAUGGUACCAAAUCAUUAUACCUUAUGGAGCGAAACACGAGAAGGAUGUUAUUUUGAGAUCAUUAUUAAGUUUCAUAUCACCUGAGAUUUUCAUUCCUCAUUAUUAUAAAUUAAAUGGGAAUGCAGCAGUUUUUUAUGUGGAUGAUGUGAAAGUAGCUGAGAAGCUAUUUAAUGCAGAUAGAAAGAUUUCUAUGCCAGACGGGUACAAGCUUGCUGUGAUAGUAAGAAAUGCUGUUCCCAAUGUGGCAAUUAAUGCAGAAAUGAAAGAAAAAAUGAAAUUAGCAAUGGCUAAGAGAUAUAACGCUUCAACAAAAGCAUUGGAUUUAACUAAAUUCCAUGCAGAUCCCGAUCUUGCUGACAUAUUCUGUGCUUUGUUCCGUCCGAUGAUUAUGUUAGCUGCCAUUGACAUUAUUGCUGAGAAUAUUCCAGACUUGGAAGCAUUAAACUUGAACGACAACAAACUCUAUGGCAUUGAACAUUUGAAGAUAUUGUCUACAAAAUUCAAAAAUUUGAAAAUUUUGUAUUUGGGUGAUAACAGGAUACCAUACUUAGGAUCACUGGAUCCAAUGAAGCAAUUGCAGCUUGUGGAGCUUUAUCUGAAAGGCAAUCCAUUGGUGAACAGGUUUAGUGAUCACGAAAUAUAUGUCAGUGAUGUCCGGAAGAAGUUUCCGAAGUUGGUUCGACUGGAUGGAGUGGAGCUGCCACCAGCCAUCGGUUUCGACGUAUCAGAAGACGUGGCCCUCCCGCCAAGACAACAAUCCUUCCUCGUUGAUCCAGCAGGCCAAGAUCUUGUUAGAGAAUUUCUGACGCAAUACUUUGCAAUUUACGACUCUGACUCGAGACAGCCCUUGCUAGAAGCUUACCAUGAGCAUGCCACUAUGUCUAUGGCUGCAAAUUAUUUGAGCAAUGAUAACAGAAAUUCGCCGGCCACCAGGCUCAAUUCUUACAUAUCCAACAGCAGAAAUAUACUAAGAAUAACUGAGAGGGAAUACAGAAGACGCUACAUGAAGACUGGGAGACUUCAGGUUGUGUCGUUCCUCUCCGAAUUCCCUAAAACUUUGCACGAUUUAAUGGGGUUUGCUGUUGAUUUACUCGUAUUUACUCCCGCCAUGAUAGUUCUGACGAUGAAUGGAGUGUUCAAGGAGACCAACACUAAUGGCAACCCUACACGCUCGUUCCAUCGCACUUUCGUCAUAGUGCCCAACACGACAGGCGGGUUCAGUAUCAUCAACGACAUGUUGUACAUAACCAACACUACUAAGGAACAAGAAGAGAAAGCGUUCGGGUCAGGCGUCGCCGAAGCCCCUCCCGCUCCCGCGCCUACGCCGACGCCAACGCCAUCUGCCGACGAUUCGCACAAGAUGAUGAUCGGUCUACUGUGUCAGCAGACUGGCAUGAACGAGCAUUGGAGCAUGAAUUGCUUACAAGAAACCGGUUGGGAUCUUCAAAGAGCUCUCUUCAUUUUUAAUCAACUGCAUUCUGAAGGAAAAAUACCACCAGAAGCUUUCGUCAAAUGAAGACUCCUGAAUUACAAGGCUGUGCCUGACUAUUGUACAUAUUGAUUUAAGAAGGAAAUUAUUUUUGUAAGGUUUACAUAGGAUUUAGAUAAUAUUUUUUAUGAU